CUCAGCACAGACCCUGCCCCAAAGCCUGUUGCGACAGCUCUCAGCCUCUGGCCAAAUCAAACCCGAGAUUGACCAGGGCUGCUGCCUUCCUCUAGACAAGGCUCAUGUCUGAGCCUAACUGAAGCAUCACAGAAAAGGAAAUAGGAAACUGGACAGCCUGACUACAGGGAAGGAAGGGGAAGGAGGAGGGCUGGGCUGAGCUGAUGAUGAAUCAGGUCAUCAGACCCUGAGGGUGUCUCCUUCCAAUCUCCCAUGUGCAAUUAGCGACUGAAUAAAAGGUUACAGGUGGCCAGCCAUCAGUCCACCAAGGGCUGCCCCACACACCGCUUCCUCCUGUUGUGUGAAUGAGCAUAUCCUAAACUGGCAAAGAUGCCUCAGCUCCUACAAAGUGUCAUUUGUGUCAUGGAGGCUUUCCAAAAGUAUGCAAAAGAGGAGGGUGAUUGUUGGACACUAAACUCUGGACAGCUAAAGCGGCUCCUCCUGGGAGAGAUUGGUGAAUUUCUGAAGCCAUUUGAUAUCCUUACUGCAGGAACCAGCUUGCAUUUUCUGGAUAGAGAUGGCGAUGGAUCUAUCAGCUUUGAUGAAUUCAUCCUCUUGAUCUUUGACCUGUUGAAUAUAUGUUACCAGGACAUACACUCUUUCCUAAAUCAAGAACCCAAACCAAAAUCCAACACAGAGGAAAAGUUCUCAGGGGACACAGAAGCAUGUGAGGCCAGUGAGGAUUACCAAAAAGUGGCAGGACCAGAUCAAUAUGAGCAGAGACUGACAGGAACUGAAUCUCCAUCUCUGGUCAACCCCAUAGAAAAAGUACCUGACACAGUAAGCAAGGAAGACCCUCAGGAUGACCUUGAGUCUCCCAAAUUACUGGGAAAAGAAGUUGAACACAACCACCCUAAGAGUCAGUACUAUGGUGAGGAAGCUAAACAAAGCCAAGAAAGAUCUCAAUAUGUCCAGGCAACAGGAGCUGAUGGAAUCCCACCUGAAGAAAAAAAACCACCAAAGGAAUUUGUGAAGAGAACCUGUUCUCAAAAGGAUGAGAGGAUUGUAAGUGAGGAACAUGAAGUGCCUGGAGAACAGGUUGAUAAAGAUCCCAGGGAUCACCCAUCGGAACAGGAAAAGGAACAAAACGUUGAGAUUCAGAGUGUACACAUGGAAGAAACCGCGCAAAGAACAUCUGAGAGUCCAGAAGGGACCAUCAUAAAGGAUGUUGGGGAACACACUGAUACACAAGGACUAGCAUCCCAAGAGGACCAUGAGAGAAAAUUAGGGACAACUGACCUGCCAGCAGAGAAAGCUGAGGAAAAACUAUCUGAAACCGAGAGAUUACCAGAACCUAGGGAUGAUGAUGGAACUUCAGAUAUCCAAGAACCACUUCAAAUACCUUCAGAAAAACAAGAACAAGGGAAAGAAUAUGAAACUACAAAAAUACCAGCCAAAGGCAAUGGCAGUAGAGUCCCAGAGACAGAAGUAUUUAUAGAUGAAAAGAAGGAGAAAAGAAAACCUGAAACCUUGGACACCGUUGGAAAAAAAGAUGGAGAAAAAACCAAGCAGAUGGAAACGCUCACAGAACAAGAGGCUGAGGGGAAGGAAAAGCAGCUUGAAGGACUAGAAGAAAAGGGAGAAAUUAGGAAAGACUCAGGAAUUCCAGACUUCAAGUCAGUAGAUGAUAAGAACCACUAUGAACACAAAGGACCAGCAGCCCCAGAGGAGAUCAAAGUUUCUGAAAUAAGUGAGUCAGAAUACCAAGGAGAUAAGACACCAGAAACAAGAGACAGGGUACAAGUGUCAGGAUCACAGGAUGACCAGUCUAAAGGAAAAAACAGGAGAAUCAUUCAGAUUCUGGACCAACCAAUUGAACAAUAUGAUAGACACCAGGUGGAAAAUCAGGAUGAUGGGACACUCUCUGAAACAUACAGUAAUCCAGAAGAUGGUAAAAGUGGCUCAGAGACAAGAGACCUGCCUGCACAAAAGAAAUCUCAAGGUCAAGUGGAUGCCCAGGAACAGCCUGACCAAGGAGAUUGCAAGAAUUAUCUAGGUACCCAGGAAUCCCUAGUACCAGGUGAUAAAAGUAGAACCCCAGAGAAAGAAGUGCUAAUAGAUAAAGACAAUGAGAAUAUCACAGAAGAACAAGAAAAGCUGGCCAAAGAAAAGAAGUCAGACACAGCUGAGGAGUCUCAGAGUCAGCCAGAGUCUCAGGAAUCCAUGAAACAAAAGGCAACAGAAACAUCCCCAAAGAUAGAGAUCAAAAAUCCCACAGAUGACAUUGAUGAGCAGCUUUCCAUUGUACCGUCAGCAGAGAAAGAAGACCAUAGGAAAGAUCCAGAAGCCCAUGGCCCAGAAGCAGAAGAAGGGAAAGGAGAAGAAUCUGAAAGCCAGGAGGCUCCAUUAGAAGGGCAGGGCCCAGAAACACAAGGUCUUGCUCUAGAUGCAAGGCCUGAUACCCUGAAUCCAAUACCAAGGGAAGACAAGAGUGCCCAGAAGCUAGCAGGAGAAGGGAGUGAACUACAAUAUGCAGUGAAUAAAGAGGAUGGCUCUUCACCAGGGCUUUCAGAGUUGAUUAAGAAGAAAGCCAGAGACACAAAGCUUUGUUCAUCAUCUGGAGAUGAGAUACAAUCCAACCCAAUAUAUGAAAAUAUUCAGAAGACACCUGAGCAGCCUGACCUCCUAGACACAGAAGAGCACUUAGAUCAAACUGAUACGUCUCAGACAUCUAGUCCUGAGCUGUCUGUCGAGAGAGAAAUUCAGAAGAGUGAAUGUUCUGAUUUCCCAGCCCUCCUUGAUCCGCUAUAUGAUGACACACAAGAACUAAGGAAUCAAACAGGGGACCCUGAGUCUGAUGAAGAAUAUGGCAACCAGCAAGAAAUUCUAGCAUAUCAGUCACAGGAAGAUAUACAUGGCCAGCCUCAGCAAGAAGACCAACAACAACUAAGGGAUGAUAGCUCCAGAAAAUACUGAAUUGUCAACAUUACCAGAGAGAAGCAGCAAAUUGGCCAUUGCCUAUCAAAAACCCACCCACUCCCCCCACACACACAUACACAUCAAUCAUCCUUUUAAGUCUCCAUUCUACAUUUUUACAAGAUCAAGCCAUGGGAGUCGCCAUCAAGGAAAUAACUUCUAACUAAGCAAAUGCAGUCAACAAUCAAAAUAAUUAAAUAAAUCAAUCUAGAAUAUGACAAAUGGCCCACAAUGGACUCUAGUCAUCUGAACAUUCUGUUGCCUGGAUAUUCCUUUCCACUAAAAUUUUGAGGUUUUCCCUUCCACAUUUUUCAUUUUCUUUUUACACAAGAUACCAGUUUCUUCAUUUCAUAUAUUUUCAUUAUUGAAUCAUGGGAUUUUUAAUGAUGGCAAUGGAGAAUUAGUUUCUGAACUAUUAUUCCACAACCAAAGUAUGCUAUUCAUUCAUUGACACAGAUAAUUAAUAUGGAGUUAUUCUUCUAAUAGAGUUUCCAAAUCCAUUCUAAAACUCCACAAUUCAGUGGAAAGAAUCCUGUUUUUAGAAUCAAAUAGCCUAGCUUUGAAUCUUAGCUCUGUUAUUAACUGACCUUAGUCAAGUUAUUUAGCCUUUCUGGGACUGUUUCCUCAUCUGAAAAAUGGGCAGAAUGACCAAAGUCCCUUCCAAAUGUACAUCUACUAUCCUCUGUAUCCCAGAUAUCAGUGGAUAUCUGAUCAUUCUCCAUCACCAGACUAACUGAUUAAUGACAUUAUCCUAAACUUUUAGGGACAAGUACAAGCCUCCAAAGUAGCCUACUUCGUAUAUUCUAGAUUUAAAAAAUCAGACUGUGAGGGAAAUGAAAAAAUGCACACCCAAUUCUAAGAGGCACGGAUACUGCUAACUGAAUUUUUUCAGGAGUGUAGAGGUGUUUGAGUCCAACUCUAGAAAACUAUUAUUACAGUAAUCAUACAUAAAACAGUACUCUUGCUUGUUAAUUUUUGUACAGACCUGUGAGCUCUCAGUGAGGAAAUUCUCUCUAUCAAUACAGCAACUCUUUUGCAACUUAAUACCUUGCCUAAGUCAUAAAAGGAUUAGGCAAUUUGCCCUAGGUUGAAUAAGUCAGUGAGUCUGAUCAGCCUUAAAGAUGGUAUCUUUGCCUUAAUGUUUUGUUAAGUCAGUGUCAGUCAUGUCUGACUCUUUGUGACCCCAUUUGGGGUUUUCAUGAAAAAGAGACUGACACGUGGUUUGCCAUUUCCUUUUCUAGCUCAUUUUACAGAUGAGGAAACUGAGGAAAACAGUUAAGUGACUUGCCCAGAGUCACACAGCUAAGUAAAUGUCUAAGACCAGGUCUUCUUGACUCAAGACCCAGCUAUCUAACUGUCCCAAAGUACUAUCUCUUCUGAUCUUUUAGUCUGGGCAUUUCCUGUUCAGAAAACUGCAUGAAAAUUGAAAAUAAAACCUAUUGCUGAUCAAUCCUCCUUUUGUCAUUUGACUUUUCUGCCAU